AUGAGCAGGAACUACAUGUCCAAGUAUGAUGAGCUCCGCAAGGGAGACUACCUUAUGUCCAACAACCACGAGUGGAAGGCUGUGUUCCAGGAGGAUGGCAACUUUGUCAUCUACGGCUGGAAGCAGAUCUGGUCCUCCGACACCGCUGGCGUGCGCGACGCCUACCGCCUGUGCAUGCAGGACGACUGCAACUUCAUCAUGUACAAGAGGGACAACAAGGUGAUGUGGCAGACCAAGAGCCAGGCGUCCGGUGGCUUCAAAAUGUGCCGCCUCUACCUGCGCAACGACGGCACCAUGGUGAUUGAGAGGGACGGCGAGGAGAUGUGGUCCUCCGCCACGUCCAAGGGCCACAAGUGA